GUCGCCAUCUUGGAAUGUGCGAAGAAGAAGAAGCGAACAAAAAGCAAGCGAAAAAUCUUUAAGCGUAUUUAUUUAAAUGUAUAAAUUGCAUAAAUCUAUGUAUUUAUUAAGACCAAGCACACAUAUUUAAUGCUCUACUCAGCAAUAUAAAAGAAAUCCCAGCAUAGCUGCCACGUAGCGUUUGCCCAAAAAGGCUGAACCACAAAAAAAUCGAAAUCUCCGACGGCCCGAAGGUAUCACACACAACACACACACACAGGCCACACAUCAGUGCAAGCAAAAAGAGGCAGAAGAAGCAGAGACAGGCAGAGAGUGUUCUCCAUCAAUUUCUGCUAAGCUACUUGGAUCUGAGACGCCGUUUCUAGUUUCUGGUGACUUCUCGCCAGGCACAAAGCACCGAAGCAGCGUUUGUAUUGCUGGCAGGUGAUAUAACAAAAUACUCGCCACAGAUCGCAGCGGACUAUGUCUGACUAUUUGCGCCAGCAGAAACCACAAGAGCACACAUAGCUAUGGCUGCGACGAGAAAAUUGCAAGGCGAAAUUGAUCGAUGUUUAAAAAAGGUAGCUGAGGGCGUGGAGACGUUUGAGGAUAUUUGGAAAAAGGUACACAAUGCAACAAAUACCAACCAGAAGCAAAAGCAUCUGCAGGAGAAGUAUGAGGCAGAUCUCAAGAAAGAAAUUAAGAAACUGCAGCGAUUACGUGAUCAAAUCAAAUCAUGGAUUGCAUCCGCCGAAAUCAAAGAUAAAAGCGCGCUGCUCGAGAAUCGAAGGCUCAUUGAAACGCAAAUGGAACGUUUCAAGGUGGUGGAGCGUGAGACAAAAACAAAAGCGUAUUCCAAGGAAGGUUUGGGCGCAGCACAAAAAAUGGAUCCAGCGCAACGGAUCAAGGAUCAUGCGCGCAAUUGGUUAACCGGCUCAAUUAGUACACUGCAAAUUCAGAUAGAUCAGUAUGAGAGCGAAAUUGAAUCGCUGUUGGCGGGCAAAAAGAAACGUUUGGAUCGUGACAAACAGGAGAGAAUGGAUGAUUUGCGUAGCAAAUUGGAUCGACAUAAAUUCCAUAUAACCAAAUUGGAAACACUGCUACGAUUGCUGGACAAUGAUGGCGUCGAAGCGGAUCAAGUGAACAAAAUCAAGGAUGAUGUCGAAUACUAUAUUGAUUCAUCGCAAGAGCCCGACUUUGAGGAGAACGAGUUCAUCUAUGACGAUAUUAUCGGUCUCGAUGAGGUCGAACUGAGCGGCACGGCAACAACGGACAGCAACAAUAGCAACGAAACGAGCGGAUCACCCAGCAGUGUCACGUCCGGAGGCAGUCCACCCCAAUCGCCAGUUACAGUGCAGCAGGUGCUGCCAUCCUCCUCAUCAUCCACACAACAACAGGCGGCGGCGACAACGGGCAGCAGCGGCGGUCCCGGUGGCACCAGUGCGGCCAGUGCAGCCCAAUUCCAGCAUUUGCAGGCGGCAGCAGCAGCAGCUGCAGCGGCUGCGGCGGCACAGCAAUCGAAUGGCAACAAUGUUGGCUAUGCGAGCGACACCAGCGCAGCCUCAUCCUCAGCGACAACGUCCACAGAGGCGACAACGGGUGGUGGCGAUAAGCGUAACAAAAGCAGCGAAAGCAGUGCCAACAGUAGCAAAGCCAAGCAGCAACCUCAGCAACUGAUCAAGCCGACACCAGUGCGUGCAACAUCAAAAGCGCCCGCGGGUAGUGAUACAGCUCAAGUCAAUAAGAUUAUCAGCUCAACGCCCAGCAAAAACCAGCAGCAACUUCCAACGGCCGCCUCUGUAUUGGCGUCUAGCGGGACACAGAAUAAUAAUAACAACAGCAGUAGUAGCAGUAGCAGCAGUAUUGUUGCUGCCAGUGGUCACAAUCCUGCCGUGCAGCCACAUGCCCCAACGCCUGGUCUAAAUGCAGCUAACGUUACAGCAGCGUCCGUCGGCACAGCAGCAACAACGGCAGCGGCAGCGGCUGCAGCAGCGAGUAACAUCAGCAACAACAUUCAAGGCCAAUCUGUGAUUCAAGCGACACCAACAAUUGCAUUUGCAGCGGUGGCUAAACACAACACAUCACUACUGGAAAAUGGACCUGUGCUGCAGCAACAGCAGGCAACGGCGCCCACGGUGGCAGCCGUUGUUAGCGCCAGUGCACAAGCCCAACAACAACAGCAGCAGGCGGCGCAAUUAUCCAAUCUUCAAACGAAUUCCUCACAUAUGCAAAACGGUCUGCCUCUCUCACUUAGUAGCAGCAGCAGCGGCAGCAGCAAUAACAACAGCAAUGCUGUCGAUGCGAUUUCAUUGAAAACCAUGGCACAGGAAGCCAUUAAUCGAUCCGGGAUCGAACCCAUUUCCCAAAAUCAGCAGCAGGCAACUAACAUAGAUACGAGACAGCAGCAACAACAACAGCAGCAACAAGCAGCGCAACAAUCGCUGCUCCAACAGCAUUUUAGCACCGAAAUAACUGCCAACCAACAGCAACAACAACAGCUACAGCAACAUCAAGCCGCUGCAGCGCAGCAACAACAACAGCAACAACAACAACAAAAUGCAGCAGCAGCAGCUGUUGCUGCCAUUGGUACAAUCGUUGCGGCAGCCAGCAAUGGUCCCACAGCUGGCAGUGGACUCAUGAAUCUGGCAAAUGCUGCCGGUCAGCCGAACAGCGGCAGCGGAGGUGUCGUUGUUGCACCCAAUGCCAAAGCGCAUACACCACAACAACAACAACAGCAGCAGCAGCAGCAACAACAACAGCAGCAACAACAACAGCAGCAGCAACAACAGCAGAUUGCAACAACGGAGGCGCACAUACCACCGCUGCUGGGCGUAACACCAUUGGGUCCAACGCCCCUGCAGAAGGAACAUCAACUGCAAUUCCAAAUGAUGGAAGCCGCAUUUUAUCACCUGCCACAGCCAAUUGACACCGAAAAGCUGCAAACAUAUUUUCAUCGCUCACCGGUGGUAACGCCAGCGCACUAUCCACAGGUGAGUCAGGCACAGCUGCCCAUAUACGAUACCGUUGAAUUCUAUCAGCGACUCUCCACGGAGACACUUUUCUUUGUAUUCUACUAUAUGGAGGGCUCCAAGGCGCAAUAUCUGGCCGCAAAAGCGCUUAAAAAGCAAAGUUGGCGCUUCCACACCAAGUACAUGAUGUGGUUUCAGCGUCACGAGGAGCCCAAGAUUAUCAACGAUGAUUACGAACAGGGUACGUACAUCUACUUUGAUUAUGAGAAAUGGAGUCAGCGCAAGAAGGAGGGCUUCACCUUUGAAUACAAGUACUUAGAAGACAAGGAGCUGAAUUGAAUACUGCGUUGUUGGGAUGCGAAUGCGUCGGCUGCCUAAAACAAAAACUCCCUAAUCCAUAGCAACAACAACAACAAUGAAGAAUCAAUAGCAUACUAUUAUCAUACAAAUCCAACACAGCACAACACAUUCAAGCAAAUAGACACACACGCACACCCAUCCAUAUACAUACACAUCCAACACAUACAGAAAUCCAUAAGAAAAGAUAAUGAGAGAUCAUGUAUAAGAAGGAAGCGAUAAAGCAAGCAACAAAGCAAGCCGUAAGCAUAAGUGAAAAGGAAGUUAUGAAGUAUGAUACUUGUUCGGAAACUGCAUGUAAAAACAUAUGCUUUUUUAUAUAAAUGUUUAAUUGUUUAUUUUUUUUUAAGAUUUACUUUCCUACACAAAAAAAGAAAAAUCGAAACUAAACUAAACUAUAAAGAAGUUAUGUUAAAUGUGUGCAACAAAUUGAAAUUUCUGACAGAUCGCCGCCAAGAGCGUCUCUGCCUCUCCAGUCUACAAGCCUCCUUUGUCUAUAUAUAAUAUAUAUCGCUUAGCGUCUCUAUCUUUUCAUUCAGCUCGAGUUAGUUCCCCUCCCAGCACCCACCCGCACCCCCGCACUUGCAUCAUGUAAAAAGAGCGCAGCAGUGUGUGCAGUAAAUAUUUUUAAUUGUAAACAUUUAGCGCACCGAUUUUUUGACUGCGUUUGCAUAGAAACGUAUUGAAGAAAAGUCGUAAGAGAAUAUAAACAAACAAAAAAAA